CAUUUAGCACAUCAGGCACUUACUGAGCCUGUUUGACCACUGCCGUGGUUGGGCACACCACCCUGCGUGUAGCAACUCUCCAAUCAGAAGCUCAUUUCAACACGCUUUUAUCUUUGAGUGCAGUGCCUGCUUCAUGUUCGUCUGGGAUCUACAGGGCUAGGAUUGGCCUCUCCAUCACUUUGGACUCUUCGUUUUGGACAUUAGACAAACCCUAUAUAGCACCCACCCACUGCUUCUCUCUGUGUCGUUCUUAAUUUUCGAUCGUCUUCCUGGCAUCCGUAUCUCUAUGAUGGCGGAUAAAACCGUCAGCAGCUUGAAGCCGUCUGGUACGGCAGUCCGAGUGCAGGUAACGGAAGACGAUGAUCAAUCUUGGAGUGAACACACCAGCGCGGAAGUCAGUGGGCGAGAGGUGACGGAUCAUGUAGCCACGUCGAGACACGAAGACCCUGUGGCUGCAUUGAAACGCCGCCUCUCGGAAUGGGGUGAGUCCAGUGUCCACAAUAGCGAGGCCUAUGAGGAAGGUGAAGAAUACGAACUUCUUUUAGAUCCGAACCUGCCCGAUAACGAAGCGGACGCACCGCGGCGUCAAGGCUCACAGGACUCAGCCAAGUUCAAUGAGGAGUCCAACCUGAAGGAACUCGACGAGUCGGAGGAUUCACCGUACCCUGAGGUGCGAGCUGCCGUUCGUAACUACGAUGAAAACCUUCCAUGCAACACCGUCCGCGCCUGGACUAUCGGGCUCUCCCUGGUGACCGUGGGUGCAUCAAUGAACACAUUGUUUUCUCUGAGGGCCCCGUCCAUCGGCCUCGGUGCUCUGAUUGCCCAGAUCAUUGCUUGGCCUAUUGGCCGGGGAUGGGAGAAGAUCAUGCCCACAAAGCAGUUCAGCUUCUUCGGAAUACCAUGGUCGCUGAACCCCGGGCCGUUCAAUAUUAAGGAGCACUCCGUCAUUGUGGUCAUGGCCAGCGUCUCCUUUUCUGUGGCAUAUGCCACCGAUAUUAUACUUGCCCAGGUCGUGUUUUACAAGCAAGAUUUUGGGAUCCCUUUUCAGCUUCUCCUGACCAUUUCGACCCAGUCUAUCGGAUACGGCAUCGCCGGCAUGAUGCGGAAGUUUCUGGUCUACCCCGCCUCGAUGAUCUGGCCUGGCAACUUGGUUUCCGUCACAUUGAUGAAUGCUAUGUACGAGAAGCACGCGCCUACCGACCCUACUGUGUUUGGAGGAAACAUGCCGCGAUACCGGUGGUUCAGUAUUAUCACACUUUGUGCUUUCGUGUGGUACUUUAUCCCGGGCUUUUUGGCGCAGUUCCUCAGUGUAUUCGCUUUCGCUACGUGGAUCGCUCCCAACAAUCCAGUGAUCAACCAGCUUUUCGGAGGGACGACGGGCUUGAGUUUUCUGCCCAUCACGUUCGACUGGACACAGAUUGCCGGCUUCGUCGGCUCUCCUCUUAUUCCACCUUGGCACGCCAUUGCCAACACCCUUAUUGGUGUUGUCACAUUCUUUAUCGGCUUGGCGUCGGUACUCCACUAUACCGGAGUGUGGUACGCUCAAUUCCUACCAAUGAGCGACUCGUCGACCUACGACAACACGGGUGCGAAUUAUAAUGUAUCCCGAAUUUUGACCUCUGAAUUCAGACUGAAUGAGGAAGCCUAUCAUUCCUACUCGCCUCUGUUUAUCAGUACGACAUUCGCCAUGGCUUACGGCCUAUCAUUUGCAGCAAUUGCGUCGCUGAUUGUUUACACUUACCUGCACCACAGGAAGACCAUUUGGAGACAGUACAAAAAUAGUACAACCGAACGUCCCGAUAUACAUAUGAAGUUGAUGAUGAAAUACAAGGAAGCGCCGACUUGGUGGUACACGAGCCUCUUCGUUAUUAUGCUGGCACUCGGUCUCGUUGCUGUUCUUUCGUUCCCCACGAAUCUGACCUGGUGGGCAUUUUUGUUGGCCGUGGGCAUAUCAUUCGUGUUCUCUUUGCCUAUUGGCAUCAUCCAGGCUGUGACGAACAACCAAAUUGGACUCAACGUUCUGACAGAAUUUGUCUUUGGUUACAUCCAACCAGGUCGCCCCUUGGCCCUGAUGAUAUUCAAGACGUUCGGCUACAUCACGAUGUCUCAAGCUCUCAGCUUCGUUUCUGAUCUCAAGUUUGGACAUUACAUGAAGAUUCCUCCCCGCACCAUGUUCUUAUCGCAAGUAGUGGCAACUACAUUCUCAUGCUUCAUCCAGAUCGGCGUUCUCAAUUUCGCACUCAAGAACAUUGAGGGUGUUUGUGAACCCACGCAGGUGAACCACUUCACUUGCCCUGGUGGUCGGGUAUUCUUCUCUGCAUCCGUCAUCUGGGGUCUGAUCGGCCCGGCUCGCAUGUUCUCUCCGGGUCAAAUCUACUCUGGUCUGUUCAUCUUCUUCGGCGUUGGUGCCAUCGUCCCCAUUAUCUUCUAUUACGCCGCCCGCAAGUGGCCCAAGUCCCCGGUGAAGUAUCUGAUGGCGCCGCUCAUUUUCGGCGGCUCCGGCUCCAUCCCUCCAGCCACGCCACUCAACUACCUCUCCUGGGGCAUCGUCGGCUUCGUCUUCCAGUUCCUCAUCAAGAAGCGCCACUUCGGCUGGUGGAGCAGAUUGAAUUUUCUGACGUCGUCCGCGCUGGACCUCGGGCUCGCGCUCUCCACGCUCGUCAUCUUCUUUGCGUUUACGCUCAAUGAGAUUGACCCGCCUGCCUGGUGGGGUAAUGCCGUUGUCACCACUACAAUGGACUUCAAGCAGACAGCUAUUCAGACGGUGCUUCCGGCGGGGCAGACUUUUGGGCCGCCUAGGUGGUAGUGGUCGCGGGGUUUGGGGUUUGAACGGGUGUGAAAUGAUUUGAACAUAGUAUUUCCUACAUGUGUAGAAUUGGGUCGAUGGUUUCGUAGACCAGCACAUUGUAGUUCGGCGUUAUGUAGGGGUGGAUAUUUGCGCUGGAAAUAGGAUAGAUGAUGAAAGCUCGGGCACCUACCUCCAAUAGUUACCAACAAUUUCACGUUUUGCUU